UAAGACGCGAGGCAAUUCGAACGAAUGCAUCGUGCAGUAUCGAGGUUGCACGCGUGACUCGCGCGAGUUGCGCGAGACCUCAAAGGUUGCUUAAGUGAUUUGCGAAAAUCGCGCUGAUCGCUCGCUCCUGUGGGAAUUCGCUGUCCACGCGGAUUAUUCGCGUUUCGCCAACACCCCGGCGGAUUUUCCAUCUCUUGACAGCGACAUCGAACCGUGAUCAGCAUUCUCGAUCGGCGCGCUUUGCGAUAUUUUCAACAAUAUUUUCCCCAAAAAAUUGCAUCGAGGCAACGAGCGUUGUUACAUCAUCGCUACCGGAAGUUCGUAUGAAUAUUCAUCCGGCACGCGAGUUUCACGUCGCACGCUCGUAGCAGGCGCGGAUUCGCGUGGAUGUUCUCCUUUUUUCGGGGGAGAGAGAGACAAGUUUUGUCUGCGUGACAAAAUAAAAGGUGGAAAAAAAAGUGAGAAGAAAAAGUGCGAAGAGUAUUCUCGAGAAGAGAGACAUGUCGUACGAUUUGAAUACAACGUCAUCUUCGCCACCGUUUUUGGAGGAGACGUUGGACGACUCGAGGAACGAAUAUCUCGCCAGAUGGGAAAUCGCGGUUUUAACCAUCAUAUUUCUUGUCACGCUACUCGGCAAUGCCCUGAUCCUGUUUGCCCUUUACGUCAGGCAACGUUAUCAGCGACGAAAGUUCACCAGAAUGUAUUUCUUCAUUCUACAUUUGAGUAUCGCCGAUUUGUUGACAGGUUUGCUCAAUGUUUUACCGCAACUUGCUUGGGACAUAACAUUCAGAUUUCAGGGCGGAGCGGUGCUCUGCAAAUUGGUCAAAUUCGGACAGCCAUUCGGUGUGUAUCUCAGUUCCUAUGUCCUGACGGUCACCGCGAUGGACAGGUAUUACGCCAUUUGCCAUCCCUUUCGUUACUGCAGCAUCACGUCUAGAAGAUCGAAAAUGAUGGUAUACGGAGCAUGGACGUUCGCAGCUAUACUGUGCAUACCGCAGGUUUUUAUAUUCUCAUAUCAGGAAAUAUCGCCAGGCGUUUGGGAUUGUUGGGCCACCUUUUACCUGAAAUAUGGAGAGAGAGCUUAUAUUACUUGGUACAGUAUUAUGCAAUUCCUAUUACCAUUCACAGUACUUAUAUAUACGUACACAAAGAUAUGUAUAGCAAUAUGGAUGAGCAGUAAGAUGUCAGGAGUAGUUGAUCUCAAAAAGAAGAAUCAGACCAAUUUCUCGCAACGAAAUCGGAAUCCUUUAAUCUCGAAAGCGAUGAUGAAUACUGUGAGACAGACGAUCAUUGUCAUUACUUUGUAUAUUACCACUAGUAUCCCAUUUAUCGGAAGUAUGCUCUGGGGAUUGUGGGAUCCUAGAGCUUCCACUUUGCCAUUUUUUACUGGAGCUGCUUUCACUAUUCUAGCUCUGCUAAAUAGUCUCACGAGUUGCGUCAAUCCUUGGAUUUACUUUGCAUUCAACAAGGACUUAUGUGGGGCCAUAACAAAUUAUUUUUACAGAAUAAAGAAAGAUUCGUUAAAUUAUGAUGCACGUCAAAAUGCGUCGAAUGUACUCUCUAUGACGUCGUCGUUUAUUUCUAGAAUUUCACGACUUGCGAGUUCAAAGAUAUUCGGCUGAGGAGGAAACGAAACAAAGUUUGCAUUUUGAGGACUGCUUUGAAUAUAAAGAAUAUAUUGUGAAUAUAUAGUUUUUUAUUGUGUAAAUGCAUUUCGCAAUACAACAAUGUCGCACGACACACACACACACACACACACACACACAUAUGCAACUUUUUAAAUAAU